AUGAAAAAAGAUCUCAGUUCGUCUCUUCGUUACGGUCUCUUCGUCAGCACAAUUCCUGCAGAAACUCAAAGGGGUAAGCCUCCAUCCAAAUGAGAUCAUGGUAUCUUUUGAUGUUACAUCCCUUUUUACUUCUAUUCCCCAAGACCUGGCGAUCGAGACAAUCGAGCUGCUUCUACAAAGCAAAUACGAUGAAACGGAGAAUCGUCGUAGACGCGCCCAAGUCCUUCAGCUCCUGAAGUUCUGUCUCAGGACGUACUUCGACGGGACAAUCUACGAACAGUUGAAGGACACACCAAUGGGCUCGCCGAUUUUGGGUUUCAUUGCCGAGGCGCUCCUGCAACGGUUAGAGUCGCUGGUCUUCCAGCACCACAGACCGAAGUUCUGGGCUCGGUAUGUGGAUGACACCGUCGUCAUUAUCGGCUGCGAUCCACUGCUGACAUUCAAAGAAUGUCUCAAUGCGGUCUUCCCCGACAUACAAUUUACGAUGGAGGAGGAAGAGAAUAACCAGCUGGCCUUCCUGGAUGUCUUCUUAUACCGCAAAGAUUGUGGUGGACUAAAGACCAAAGUGUUCAGGAAAGCGACAAAUACGAUGCAAGUACUGAACUUCAACAGCAACUAUCCAAUCAGUCACAAACGCAGUUGUGUAAGGACGCUCUACCGGUGUGUUGAAACGCACUGCAGUGAGCUGGAAGACAAGAUUGCCGAAUUACAAUACCUCAGACGGGUCUUCAAAGCCAAUGGUUACCCACGCAACUUCGUCAACCGAUGA